AUGGAUUUGGAUCCCAUACAUUAUAAAGGUUUACUUCAAACCCAUUUUCAAAAAGCUCGUUUAAUAUACCCAGAGUUUAGAAAUGAAACAAGAGGACCUGAUCAUCAAAAGGAAUUUAGGAAAUCAGAGGAAGAAUGUGCAAAAAAGACUAUGGAGUAUAUUAAAGCAAAAAGUCAAGACUCAACGGAUAAUUUGAUUGGAAAAAAUAGUAAAAGCUAUGAUAAUUUUAUUUUAAAUUCAAAAAAUGUUAUAAAAAACUCUCUAACAAAUAAUAAUAAUAAUAAUAAUAAUAAUAAUAAUGAUAAUGAUAAUUCAACAAUUCCAAUUAAAAAAAUUAGUAAUUAUAGCGUAGUCAAUGUUAGUGACACAAAUAUUAAUCAAGAAGAACCUUUAAAUGUAAAAGAAACAAUCGAUUCAUUUAGAAGUAGUAUUUUAAAUGAAAAUCAAAUUAAGCAAUAUAAUAAAAUAGAUAUAAGUAAAUUAUAUGAAGGUGUAGAUAAUGUCAGCAAAUUUAAAAAUAAUGAAAAGGAUAAAAAAUUCAGUAUUAAAUUUGACCCAAACAUAUCAAAGAAAACACCAGUUAUCAAAUCAAAUAUCGACAAUAUUAUACCUGUACCAUUAAAUAAACAACCAAGACCAUACCAAAUAGAAAUAUUUAAAGAAUCAAUGAAACAAGAUAUCAUAUGUUGCUUACCAACCGGUUUGGGUAAAACUUUAAUAAGUUGUAUGGUAAUAAAGAGAAUGAAAGAAUUAAAUCCAAUGAAGCGUAUUAUAUUUAUGGUAGAUAGAAUUCCAUUGGUUCAACAACAAUCAAAAGUCAUUGCAGAAGAAACAGGUCUACAAGUUUUAGCAGCCCAUGGUGAUUCAUUUAAAAAUACUCAGUUAUCUCAAAGCUUUGAUGUAUUGGUUAUUAUUGGAGCAUUGUUAAUCAAUUUAAUAAUUAAUAAUGAAAUCGAUCUAAACCAUUUCUGCUUGAUCGUUACUGAUGAGGCUCACCACAUCGUUAAAGGACAUCCAUUUGCGGUCGCCCUUAAACAUUUCCCUGAAAUUGAAAGAACAAAUCGUCCAAAACUUUUGGGUCUAACUGCCUCACCAGCUGGUAAGAAGGAUUUCAUCAGUACUCUUAUAAGUCUUAAAGUUAUCUCUAGAGCAAGCCACUGCAAACUUAUUAAAGCACCCCAUCACUUAAUCGAGCCACAUUUAAAUUCUAAAAACACCAUUGUUUAUCCAAUUAAAGUAAAUAAUUUGGAGAGAUGGUGUUUGGAUAUUGUAGGUAACAUUAUGGAAGAAAUUCAAUUGUCUGAAAGUGCGCUAAACGAACUAUUAUCAUCAGCCGACGAAACUUUAGUCGAACGUAAUAAAAAUAUUAUAGACUUUCUAAUAUCAUUCUCAAACAAACUCGACACAUAUAUGAACUUUGGAGAUUUUUCAGAUACAGGCGUUUCAAAUUUAAAAGAAUUUUUAAACAAGGAAAUUUCAAAUAUUCCAGACGCACGUAUAAAAGGCAAACUAAGAGAUCUUUUAAAUACUAUACCAGAUGACGAAUUAAUUGCACAAAAUCACUCAAAAUUAAAAAUGGCCCUAACUAUAUUAAACGAAUUCUAUCAAAAGAAUAGAAAUAAUGAUGGUUCUUCAAAUUUUAGAGCUAUUAUUUUUGUAAAAACUAGAAAAUCCGCCGCUAGACUUGUAGAAAUCUUAAACGUAAUUAAAAACAAAGGUGAUUUUUCAUUCUUAAAGCCAACCAUUGUUGUAGGCCAUGGUUCGAAAUCGAAUGAUGGUAUGUCAAUCUCGAAACAAAAAGAUGCAAUUGAUAGGUUUAGACAAGAUAAAUGUAAUCUAAUUGUAGCAACAAGUGUUGUAGAAGAAGGUUUUGAUGUUCCUGAAUGUAAUUUAGUAAUUAGAUUAGAUCCACCUACAACUGUUACUGCGAAUAUUCAAAGUAGAGGUAGAUUAAGAAGUAAAGAUUCAUAUUUCAUUGGUAUUGUAAAAGAAUGUGAUAGAGAAGAAGGUGUUUAUGAAUCAUUUCGAAAACAAGAAGAAUUUUUAGAUACUGCAAUUGAUCUUUUAACAACUGGCACUAUACCACCAAACUUUAACUUUAAUAACUAUAGCGAUAUAUUAAUCGGAUCUGCAACCCAGGCAAUAGAAGAGAUUGCUCAAAGAUUAAGUUCUGCUGGUUUCCCAAUGAAACUGUCUUGGGAUAUUCCUCAAAUAGGUGGUUCUGAUCAUAAUCCAGAAUUCAAAUGUUCUUUGUAUAUUAAUGAUAAAUAUAUCCAUAGUACCAUUGCCGAAACAAAAAAAAAGGCAAAAGACAAAUCCUCUUUAGCUCUGCUAUCAUCACAUCAAAUUUAUAUUAUCAUUAAAGAUUUAUAA